GAAUGUUAAGUUAGUCAGAGAGGCAGCCACACUGCAGUCGAGACUAGUCUCUGUUUCUGUCUAAAGAAAAUACAAACUGAGUUCAUCAGAUCUUUCUCAACAACACAGCAGAGUCUCUGUCAAACACUGAUAUGGCUGCUGCAAGCUACCUGCCAUCUGAAGAUCAGUUUCUCUGCUCCAUCUGUCUGGAUUUGUUCACUGAUCCAGUCACUAUACCAUGUGGACACAACUUCUGUAAAACCUGCAUCACUGAACACUGGGAUACAAGUGACAGGUGCCAGUGUCCCAUGUGUAAAAAAGAGUUCAACACAAGACCUGAGCUGCACGUUAACACUUUCAUCUCUGAGAUGGUCGCUCAGUUCAGACAGUCGGCUCAACAGAAAGCCAGCAGCAGCACCAGCAGCAGCAGCAGCAGCUCAGAGCAACAAGUCUUCAAACCAGGAGAAGUUCCCUGUGACGUCUGCACUGAAACCAAACUGAAGGCCCUGAAGUCCUGCCUGGUGUGUCUGACCUCCUACUGUGAGACUCACCUGGAGCCUCACCUGACAGCUUCAAGCCUGAAAAGACAUCAGCUGAUCGACCCUGUGGAGAACCUGGAAGACAGGAUGUGUCCGAAGCACGAUAAACCUCUGGAGCUGUUAUGUAAGACCGACCAGACAUGUGUCUGUAUGCUCUGCCAUGUUUCAGACCACAAGAUGCAUGAUGUGGUUCCUCUGAAAGAAGGAUAUGAAGGGGAGAAGGCCGAGCUUGAGACAGAAAUUCAGCAGAUGAUCCAGAAGAGACAACUGAAGAUUGAGGAGAUCAAACACUCAGUGGACCUCAGUAAGGAAGAAGCAGACAGAGAGGUAGCAGAAGGUGUUCAGGUCUUCACUGCUCUGAAGGAGUCUGUUGAGAGAGGCCAGGCCAAUCUCAUCAACACGAUCAAAGAGAAGCAGAAAACUACUGAAAACCAGGCGGAAGAUUUCAUCAAAGAGCUGGAACAGGAAAUCUCUGAGCUGAAGAAGAGAAGCUCUGAGGUGGAGCAGGUCACACACUCUGAAGACCACCUCCAUCUUCUCCAAAGAUUCAUGUCCCUUAAAGUUGCUCCACCCACCAAGGACUGGACAGAGGUCAGCAUCCAUUCAUCACAUGAGGGAACUGUGGUGAGAGCUGUGGUUCAGCUGGAGGAGACUUUCAGUGAAGAGAUGAAGAAGCUGCUUGAAGCUGAGCUGAAGAGGGUCCAGAAGUACGCAGUGGAUGUGACUCUUGACCCUGAUACAGCAAGUCCAUAUCUCAUUCUGUCUGGUGUUGGAAAACGAGUGAGUCAUGGUGAUGUAAAAAAGAAUCUCCCAGACAACCCAGAGAGAUUUUCUGAUGGUAUUUGUGUUUUAGGAAAGCAGAGUUUCUCUUCAGGCAGAUUUUACUUUGAGGUUCAAGUUAAAGGAAAGACUAAAUGGACUUUAGGAGUGGCCAGAGGGUCGAUCAAGAGGAAGGGAGGAAUCACACUGGGCCCUCGGUGUGGUUACUGGACUAUAUGGCUGAGAAAUGGAAUCGAGUACAAAGCUCUUGAUGCUCCUCGAGUCCUUCUCUCUCUGAAGUCUCAGCCUCAGAAGGUGGGGGUGUUUGUGGAUUAUGAGGAGGGUCUGGUCUCCUUUUAUGACGUAGAUGCUGCAGCUGUUAUCUACUCCUUUACUGGCUGCUCCUUCAAUGAGAAACUCUUCCCAUACUUCAAUCCCUGUAAUAAUGAUGGUGAUAAAAACUCUGCACCUCUGAUCAUCUCUCCUGUCAGAGUAAACUAAUCACUUAUCCUGUAUUGAUUUAUUUCCAUUCAAGGUAAUAAACAUAUUUAGUGUCAAAACUGUAUAGCUUCCAUCUUAUUUUCUACAGAAUCUGUUUACUCUGGCACAUUUGUUUUACACGUCAUUGUUGAGAUAUUUUAUGACAUGUAUCCUAUUACUCAACACUGUAAAUAUCUUCCAGAAGAAAUCACUGUUUUCUAAUAACGUCAAAUAUGUCAAGCUGCUGUUUGCAGCUCUUCUUGGAAAACAACUCAAAAUCCAAGUUUUUGAUAAUUUUUCUAUUUGAUGUCCAGCCAAAACAAAUGCUUAAUAUUGCAAGAAAUAGGGCUCAUAGUAAGCCAGAGUAAGGCAUAUUAUAAGCGUGUAUUGUGUACAGAAUAGAGUAUUCUUAAAAGUUAACGGACAAAGGACAUCAAUAGAAAAGAUGCCAACAGAAUGUUCUAUUUUGUAUUAGAAGUUGUUCAGUCAAUCAAUGGUAACAUAGAAAUCUGUAAAUAUGUGAUUGAAAAAUUUAAAAAACUUGCUGUUAAUAGCUAUGAUGAUAACAAGAUAAAAAAGUUAUUGCUAUGUGAUUUAUGUCAAUAUUAAACAAAUACAAAAUCCUUGAUUUAAUUAUGAA